AUAAAGGAGAAACCUGCCUUCCCCUCCCCUGGUGGCCAUCUCAGGAGACCAAGACCAGCUUUCCCACCCUGGAGAAGGCCUAGAUGAGAGAACCGAGACCCGGACAGAGACAGUAACAUGUCCAGGGAUACCUCCAACAUGCAGACUUCUGCCAUGAUGUCUCUGCUGCUUGUGUCCAUGGGCCUCAUAGAAACACUUCAGGUCCAGAGUCUCCCCAUCACACGACGGGACCUCUUCUCUCAAGAAAUGCCUCUGGACAUGGCCCCAGCCUCCUUUGAUGACCAGUACACUGGCUGUUCAGCAGCUAUGACAGCCGCUCUCCAGGAUCUCAACCACACAGAGUUCCAGACUAACAAAGUAUAUGCAGAAGGCUGGGCGCUGGCAAGCAGCCAAUGGCAGGCGCGCCGGGCCUGGGGGCCAGAGUGGGGUAUCAGUCCUACCCGUCUGCCUCUGCUGCCCCCUGGCUUCCGUGAUGAGCAUGGGGUGGCUCUCCUGGCCUACACAGCCAACACCCCCCUGCACAAGGAAUUCAAUGCAGCUGUGCGUGAGGCGGGCCGCUCUCGGGCCCACUACCUCCACCGCUUCUCCUUCAAGACCCUCCAUUUCCUGUUGACUGAUGCCCUUCUGCUGCUGGGCAGGGGCCGGCAUCCGCCCCAGUGCCACCAGGUGUUCCGAGGGGUGCACGGCCUGCGCUUCCGGCCAGCAGGGCCUAGGGCCACUGUAAGGCUGGGCGGCUUUGCCUCUGCAUCCCUGCAGAACGUGGCAGCCCAGCAGUUUGGUGAGGACACCUUCUUUGGCAUCUGGACCUGCCUCGGAGUCCCUAUUAGGGGCUACUCCUUCUUCCCUGGGGAGGAGGAGGUAUUAAUCCCCCCCUUUGAGACCUUCCAGGUGAUCAAUGCCAGCAGACCAGCCCAGGGCCCCGCCCGCAUCUACCUCCGGGCCCUAGGCAAGCACAGCACGUACAACUGUGAGUACAUCAGAGACAAUCAGUGCAAGUCUGGGCCCUGCCGUCUGGACAAUUCAGCCACGGGUCAGGGGCCCCUUUGUGCAGUCUGGUCCCUUCUGUUGCUGCUCUGUUUCCUUGUAAAGGGAGACUUUCCAGAGAGUCCAGGCCUCCUGUGAUCCAUCAGACCCGAGCAGCCCUGCCUGUCACCUCCACCCAACAUGAGGAUGCCAGCCACAUGUGUGCUUUACGAGUAGCCAAGAUCCAUGGUAACUCUAUCUGCAGGGAACUCUGGGACCUUCUCUGGCAGCUGCCUGGUGUGCUGGUGGAGAAAUAAGUGAAUUUUGGGACUGACCCUUACCCUGGGCUCUAAGAGUGAGACUGAAUGGAGGUGGGGUGACUCUAGGACAGGCAACAACUGACUUGGAAGUAGAAGGUUUAACUAGUUUUUGUUGGUGGUGGUGGCUGGGGGUAGUGGCUGGAGAGGAGAGCACUUGGCCAUGCUGUUUGCUUCUCAAAUGCUUGAUGUACACCUGAGAGGCUUCUAUUCACUCCUCCAGGAAGCCUUUUCUGGCCUCUCCCACCUUCCUGGGUUGGGGGCCUUGCCUCUGUGCUCCCCCGGGUCCCAGAUGCUUCUCUACCAAAUGUUCAGGACUGUCUCGCAUGUCAGACUGUGAGCUGCCUGAGGGUGGUAACUGGGUCUGAGGCUCAGAGGUGGUGCCGGAGUACGUGUGAAAAGUCAGGAAGGGACAAAUGCCCUGUGAGUGGCUGGUCCCUGUGCUGCCCCUCCCUUGGGCACUUUAAGUUCUCUGAAUGUCAGUGUAUGGAAUGGGGUGGAUUGGAUCUAACUUCAGAGGGCAGAGAGCAGAGAGCUUUAGGUUCUCUACCGGGAUCUCAGUUGAAUCCCAGUCAUUUUCUUGUUAGCAAAGAAGUGACUUCUGCUCUGACCUAUGAACCCUAAGGUUCCUGUCUGUACAGAGACAGGCCUGGAUCCCCAGCUUCCACCAUCAUGGGCCCAAGGGCAAGAGAGGACAUUGAGGAGGUGCUAAGCACACACUUUAUUAUGAGUUGGGGCUUUGGGGCCAAAUCCUUGUGUGACCCUACUCUGGAAACUAGACCAUGAAUCCUGAAUCCCCUUCCCUUGGCCCCUAGGCAGGACAGGCAAGACUAAGUCCUUACAACAGUAGCUGUGAGAAAGGAAGAGACACAGGAGACGCGGCAGUUCUGCCUCUCACAUGCCCUGCACUCCCCCCACUGAGAGCUCUAACACUCGGCAUCGAGGUUCGCUUCUGUCCCUCCCGGACUGCUCCCUGGUCUGGAUCCUUCCUCUUCUGUAGGAAUUAGGAGAGGCAAGCUCUGGAUUUCCCCUACAGGUUAAGUGCAUAGACAAGUGGUUUGUGAGGUCGGCAGUGCUGAUCCUGAAGAGGGGGUGUCCCAGGCUCUCCGGCACCGUGGGGAGAGUGUGGGUGGGCCAUCUGAGGACCGACCACUACCUGGCCUUCCAGCCCUGUCUGGAGGUGCGGUGGCUGCAGCAGACAC